UGACAGCGCAGAGUGGUGACGCGAUCCAGAAGGGAGGCUGGGUUGUUGCAUUGGAUCCGCACGCCAAGGUUGUCUUUGGUCGGGUGAUCGAGCUUCUCCACUCGCCAGUCGCAAUCGUCACAAUUGAGUGCUUUGUGAUGGGUGAGAAGCGACAUCCAGACUUCAAGUGGCCAGUCUUACGCCGUCCAACUGGCCAGGAGAUAGUUGCAGGAGCGAAGAACUUCUGGGUCCUGGAGGGAAGUGCCGUUCAACUUGCGAUUUCCGUUCAACAUGACUGUCGAAGGGGGGGCUGCGAACCGAACAUCGUUCGCAAGGAGAAGCAAGAACGUGAAGAGACGAACCAGAUUACCAAGUUAAUCCAGCACUCUGACGAUGACCGCUUCAUCCUCAAUCUCUCCGCCUGUCAUAACCAUGUACAACUGUGCCGCAUCCUGCCUCCAGAGAUGACCAUGCUUGAACCACUCCAUCCGGAUCGAAAAUCGUUCCAUACCCUGAUGUCAUCGCAAGCCCAAUCGAUCAAGACGAAAAAACGAAAAAGGACAGCCGAGAAACGACGAGCUACAGCGGCAGCCAAGCGCGAAGAUGCAGAUAGGGCGGAGGUAGAGGCAGGAAGGGCUGAGAAAGUAAUCGAUGAAGAGGCAGACGGGGCGGCAGAUAGUGACCUAGAGGGUUCAGACGCUGGAGGAUCGCCUGGGAUGGAGACAGAAGAACUGGCAUUUGUGUCUGUCGACUUGGAUGAGCGACCGCGAAAAUGGCGCAAGGCAGCCAUGUGACUUGAUGGAUGGAUGGAUCACCGGAUGUGAUGUCUCCGCUGGAUGUAC